AUGAUACAUGGAUUGUUUAGUGAACGUAGAUUUUCCGAGGGCUGGAAACUUUUCAAGGAUAUGGAAGCUCGACGAGUAUGUCCUGAUAUAUAUACUUAUAGUACAUUGUUGGAUGGGCUGUGCAGGAAUGGGGAGACUGAUGAAGCUCUUUCUUUUCUGCAUACGAUUGAAGGGAAAGGAGUUGAUCUCGAUAGAGUUACAUAUGGGGCUGUCAUUAAUGGAUUAUGCAAAAAUGGGAAACUUGAUGUUGCCAGAGAUCUUUUCAACCAACUGCCUUCUAGAGGUGUGCUACCUAAUGCUCGAAUGUAUACAAUGAUCAUUGAUGCACUUUGUCAUGAAGGUUCUACGGAGGAGGCACAAUGUUUGCUUACAGAGAUGCAGAGUCAUGGUUGUGCACCUACCAGCGUGACAUACAACAUCAUGACGCGAAGUUUCCUAAAGAAGAAAGAGCUUAGCAAGGCAAUACCAUACUUGGAAAUAUUCUAA